AUGAACGGAACUGUUCUACACCCGGUCGAUAACAUUCAGCUUCAUGCCAAAAUCUUAAAAAAGGCCAACGGUUUUAAGCCUUGGAUACUUGAGUCCACUGUAGACGCCUGCAGAUUUAUGCGAAAGCGUUACGAUCCAUUCACGAUCAUCGUCUACAAUAUUUUCAAAGAAUUCACCAACAUCAAUCACACCUGUCCGUAUGUGGGUCCGCAAAUUGUCAAAGAUUUCUAUCUGAAAUCGGAACUAUUGAUUCUGCCCUUUCCAUCUGGGGAGUAUAUGUUAACGAUGCAAUGGCACUUCCAUUCGAAACGGCAAUUCGAUACAAAUGUCAGUUUUAUUUAUAUGGAGGAUCUGCUAAAGAGGAAUUAG